CUGCUGAAGACCGUCAACUACCAAUCAAUUUUGUGGUGUAAGACUGUUAGCUAUUCAGACGGAAUGUUACGGAAACGGAACACUGAUAAUUCGUGGUUGUUGCAUAUGUGGAGUAGAUGGUGGUGUGCCGGUGGUGGAGGAUCGAUUCUGAGGCAAAGGGUGUCUUUUGUUUUUAGUGGAAGCCAUGGUUGUGGGGGAAAGGUUCAGCCUUUUGAUCCUUUGAGGGGUUUUGAAGGGGAAUGUGGUGGAAGGAGAGGAGGGGUGGCGUUUGUGUUGAGGCAGAUGAAGAGCGGUGUCUGUUCCACAGCUUCAGUUUCACACCCUGCUGAUGCUGUCAGUGGGAAUGGGAAUGAGAAUAGUAAUAAUAGUAAUAAUAAUGAUAAUAGUAAGAGUAAUGAUGAUAAUGGGAAUGGAAAAAAAGGGUCUAUGUCCUUCCGUGAGGCUAAGAAGCUAAUGAGAUUGGCGAAUGUGGAAUCGCUAAAGGAGAAGCUUGAAAGGGAGGAGAAGGAGAUUAUUCCCUACUGUGAGCUUCUUGAAGAGUGUAAGAAAAUGGGUGUUGCAAGAGAUGCUGAGGAGGCUGCAACAUUUGCACAUUGUCUUGAUGAUGCUGGGGUUAUUCUCCUCUUCAGAGACAAGGUCUAUCUGCAUCCUGAUAAGGUGGUGGAUAUGGUUAGAAGAGCAGUUCCACUGGCACUAACAGAAGAUGGUGAUCCAAUGAUGGAGGAGCUAAAGAAGCUGCAAGAGAAGAAGACAGAAAUUGACACGUUGGCACACAAGCAGGUUCGGAGAAUCCUGUGGUCUGGACUAGGACUUGGUGUGUUUACUGUUGGACUGUUCUUCAGGCUAACAUUCUGGGAAUUCUCAUGGGAUGUGAUGGAACCUAUCACAUAUUUCACCACUUCCACUGGUUUGGUGGUAGGCUAUGCCUACUUCUUGUUCACUUCUAGAGACCCCACUUACCAAGAUUUCAUGAAGAGACUCUUUCACUCCAGACAGAAGAUCCUUCACAGGAACUACAAUUUUGAUGUUGACAGAUUCAAUGAGCUCCGAUGCAUGUGCCAUAAACCCUUGAAUGCCAAAGCCAUUUUCAGAAAUCGCUCUGGGGUGGAACAGGAUUUGGAGGAUGUUUUGCGCAAAGAUUAACCGACUAACAUUUCUUUUAGUAUCGUAUUCAUACUUAUGGUUUCUAAAGAUAAAAUCUUUACAUUAACCGUUGUGAACAAAAUAAGAAAAAUCUUUCAUUAUUCAUUUAUUCCUUUAGUUGUAUAAACAUUAUUUUCAUGUCCUUUGUACUUGAUGAUAAUAAGUCACGUACUUUAGUUCUU